CUUUUUAGAAAAUAAAUUCUUUUGCUACAUAAUACAUUACAAUAAUAAAUUCCAAAUACUUAAAAACCGAAACUUAUUAAUUAUGUUGCUAAUAACUUUAAUCACAAAGUAGUUCCAUUGAGGCAAACUUUCAAAAUAUUAAAUGUUUACUGUAUUGUUUGUGUCUGGUGUUUACAAUAAUUUGUUUUCAUAUUUUUAUUCGGCCCUUUAGAAUUAAACUUUCGAAAUGGCUGAUUUUCCUGAUCCUGAUGAAGAAUAUGAGCUCAUGUAUUCAACAGAAUAUGAGAUGCUUCGUGAAAUGGACGAGCAAAACCCAGAACAAAAUCCUGUUAAAAAAAAAGUUUUACCAGCUAAAAGGAGCUUAGACUUCUCAAGCCCUGUGUCUGCUAAGAAAAACGACAUUAUCAAUGAAACCAUUAAAAGUCAAGUCAUAAACAACAAUCACGAAAUAAGUCUUACUCCGAGCUUACAAGCUAUGGAGGAUGUUUCCGACAACACAUCAAACAAGAGAACAGCGGAGGAUUUGUUCGGAGACAUUGAUGAUAUAGACUUUAAUACAAUAGAACAACCAAGCAAGAAGCAGAAGACUGAUGAAGAAAAAGAUUUAGAGCUAAUAGAGCGGAUCAUAGCAAAUAGGCAGAUGAGACAAAUGUUAAUGGAACCAUCCAGUAAAUUAAUUGUAAAUAAACAGAAUUAUAAUGUUAAAGACAACAUAUCUUUAGAUAUACCAAGUUGGGCUUUCUAUCCUGUAACACAAUCCAGUGGUGAGCGUAUGUAUGUGAAAUUCCUGUCAGAAGAGACUUUUGAAGAAUCCAUAGAUGCAGUCACAGAGAAACUAACACUUCAUGACACAUAUGCUAGUGUCUGGGAAGAAGCCAGAAAGAUUUUAGAAACGAAAGAGCAAGAGGAGUCGGUGCAAGCGACUCAACAGGAGCUGCUCGACAUCAGUGUGUCAGUGAACGCGGAGCUGUGGGUGGACAAGUACCGACCACAGUCAUACGUAGAUCUACUGUCUGAAGAACCAGUGAAUAGAGCACUGUUGCAUUGGCUGCAUUUGUGGGACAAGAUAGUAUUCAAGAAAGAAGUAAAAACCCGAGAGCCGCACCAACGCAACAGAUUCGUGAAGCGGACCGGUCAGUUCCAGAUGACUAACACAUGGAAGGGCAAGAAGGAGGCUGAACCGGAGAUUGAUGAAGAUGGUCGACCACAUCACAAGGUGGCGUUGAUAUGUGGUCCACCGGGUGUCGGGAAGACCACGCUAGCACAUCUGUUGGCGAGACUGGCAGGUUACAGGCCAGUGGAGUUAAACGCGUCGGACGAACGUAGUACGGAGGCGUUUCAGACUGCAUUACAGAGUGCCACUCAGAUGCGGUCAGUCAUCGACGCCGAGAAGCGACCCAACUGUCUCAUACUCGACGAAAUCGACGGUGCUCCGGCACAGACAGUCGAGUUAUUAGUGAAAUGGUGUACCGCUAGCUCCAAGAAAGAAGAGGGUGGUAAGAAGAAAAACAAGACACAGCUGCUCCGGAGACCGGUCAUAGCGAUAUGCAACGACCUAUAUGCGACUUCUUUGAGGACAUUAAGGCCAGUAUCCCUAAUAAUCCGCGCGGGAUGCGUUGGUACGGCACGGCUGGGCGCUCGACUAGCGGCGCUGGCGAAGGCGGAACAUGUACGCACGGCUGCGCGCGCGUUGCCCGCACUGGCGGCGCGAGCGGCGGGCGACGUACGCGCCGCUAUACACGCGCUUAGCUUUCUGCGGGCGCGGGGAGCGGGACAGAUAACAGUAGAAGAUGUGGAGAAGACAGCGAUAGGCGCGAAGGACCACACGCGGAGUAUGAUGGAGGCGCUACAAGCUAUAUUCACGAUCCACGACACGGAAUCCGAGGCCAUAUUACGGACUAUACAAGCGGCUGGGGAGUAUGAUAGGCUAGCAGACGGUAUAUUCGAGAACUACCUCACCGCUCGCGUCGACGCGCGCCUCCACAUCGCGUGCGAGGCGAGCAGCUGGCUCCAGCUGUUCGACACCGUGCACAGCUGGACGCAGCGCACGCAGAACUACACCAUGUACGGCGCGCUGCCGUACAUCCUGUCGCGCUGCCACCAGCUGCUGGCGUCGCGGCAGCCGCAGAAGAUCAAGUUCCCGACGCAGGCGCAGGAGAUGUUCCGAAAGAAAGCGGAGUUGGACGGCAUCACGUGGUCGGUGUGGCGCGGCAGCUGCCCGCAGGUGGCGUGCGCGCGACGCACGCUACGGGUCGACGUGCUGCCGCUGCUUCCGUACCUGCUCGCGCCGCAGCUGCGCUCCGCCAACGUGCAGUUAUGCAGCGACGCCGAGAAGCGUCUAGUACGCACGGUGGCGGGCGCGAUGUGCGAGUACGGCGUGCGGUACACGCAGCAGCGCACGGCGGACGGCUACGUGCACGCGCUCGAGCCCGACAUACACCGCGUGGCGUUCCUCGGCAAUCCGGACCGAGCUAAACCUCCGCCCGCGAUCAGACAGGCGAUAGCUCGCGAACAACAGCUGGAGGAGAUACGACGAGCCGAGGAAAUGAUGACCAAACCCAGUAAGGACAAGCCAGCACCUAAAGUCUCCAGUUCUCAACCCAAGACUAAACCUGAGGAGAAGACGGAGACUCGGCUACCCAACCACUUGCAGCGGCUCAACCCUAAAGCGCUAGAAAAGACUACGCCACAGGUUCACAAGGAUUUCUUUGGGCGAGUUGUGAACGUGUCACAGUCACAGAAGCAGAACGCGAGCAACGACGUGAUAUCGUCUAGCGGGGUGUUCUACCAGUACCGGGAGGGGUUCAACAACGCCGUGCGACGGAACGUGAGGCUGCGAGAUCUAUUAUGAUGUCUGUCUUAAAAGCAUGAAAAUAUCGAGCUUUUGAAAUUCUGAAAAUAACGAACACAAAACAUGUUAUUAAUGUUCAAACUAUGGGAUUUAAUUAUAGAUCAAAUACAAAAGUAAAGAGUAUGACUCAUUUUUAAUAGCUUUGUCCACACUGUGCCUUUUUCUGUUCAUCAAGAGCAUGCGUUAUAAGUUAUAACUUAUAGCGCAGUCAACAGCGAACGUGAGGCAUGCCGCAUGCCCGUGACGCGCGUUGAAAUCAUAGCGCUCGCUAUAACACUUUUCUUCCAACGCGGGUGGAUUUUGACGCAUUCAAUUAUUGAAUAUGCCAAACGAAAGUUGAAUAAAAAGAAGAUGACAAAAAUUGAAGAUGAAAUUGCAUAGUGUGGACAUAGCUAAUGGGUGACUAAAAUACGCCAUGUGAACAGUGUUACAAGUAACACUUUUGAAACUCGCCUUUUAAGGUGAGCUGGACCCAACUCCUUAAACGAUCAGUUGCCUUACUCUCUUGGCGAAACGCAGCAAAUCGUUGCUUUACGCUGGUUUUCUAUUUGGCCGUGUCAUUAAUCCCGUCGAGACGAAUCAUGCUCUUAGCUCAUACACGUUUAGAAGUAUUAAUUUAAAAUGUACAUAACUUUUUG